AUGCCGUCUUCUCAACCGGUUUUCUCGACACCGCUCACCAAGUUGUUUAAAAUCAACCAUCCGGUCAUGCUGGCUGGAAUGAACGUAGGCAAGUCUCUGUUAACGGCAGGCCCAAAAUUGGCUGCCGCUGUGACCAACUCUGGCGGAAUCGGCGUUAUUGGCGGUGUUCGCCAAAGUCCCAAGUUCCUCAAAGGCUCCAUCGAAGAGCUCAAGAGCUAUCUGGAAGACAAGAAUGCGCCGUUUGGCGUAGACCUUCUCCUUCCACAAGUAGGUGGAAGUGCGCGCAAGACAAACAUGGAUUAUACCAGCGGCCAAUUACCCGAGCUCAUUGAUGUCAUCAUUCAGGGAGGGGCAUCUCUCUUCGUCUGUGCCGUCGGCGUUCCUCCCAAAUGGGUGGUCGACAAGUUGCAUGCGGCUAAUAUUCUGGUGAUGAAUAUGAUUGGGCAUCCCAAGCAUGUCGCUAAAGCGUUAGCUCAAGGUGUCGACAUCAUUUGCGCUCAAGGAGGUGAAGGAGGUGGCCACACAGGAGACACCCCAUUUUCUAUUCUGAUCCCAGCCGUUGUGGAUCUAUGCAAGAAUACCAAGAGCCCGCUGACUGGGAAACCCAUUGUCGUUGUCGCCGCUGGCGGCAUUGCAGACGGACGUGGCCUUGCUGCUGCUCUUUCGUACGGCGCUUCGGGUGUGUGGGUCGGAACACGCUUUGUCGCAAGUGAGGAAGCCGGUGCCAACAGAACCCACAAACAGCUCGUGCUCAGCGCUGGGUAUGAUGAUGUUGCGCGAACCUUGAUCUACAGUGGCCGACCGAUGAGUGUUCGGACCACGGCAUAUGUGAAAGAAUGGGAAACACAACGCAAGGGAGAGCAGGAGCAACUACUUGCCGCUGGAAAGAUCCCUCAUCAAGUUGAGCUGGACAAGAACCCUAAGCGCUCAUUGGAAGGGACAUUCUUCCUCAUGGGCAAAGUUGCUGGCAGUAUCACAGAUAUUAAACCAGCAAAGGAGAUUGUCGAUGAAUUGGUUCACACCGCAGAAAAGAGCUUGAGCGCUGCAAAUAACUUGAAGGCUAAAUUGUAG